GACAAGUCUUGAGAGUUUGUGCCGAGAGCACUCCGUGGACGUGGGGUGGCGGCAGCGCCAGGCUUCGGGUCGAGCCCAGUCGCCGAGUUCCCGAGAGCCACUGCCUCUCAAUCCCAGCCAGUUUCGUUGUUUACGUACGUACGCGCCCCGUUUCCACGGAUUUGGGGUCAGGUUAGGGGCUUAGGACAACUGGCAUCCUGGUGGGCGUGGCCUCCGGAUGGGCGUGCCUGCUGCGAACCCCUUGUGAGGGUUUUUGUUUUCCUUUAAUUUUUGAUGUUUUUGAAACAGGGUCUCACUAUGCAGCUCUGGCUGUCCUGAAACGCACUGUGUAGACCAGUCUGACCUCAAACCUAUAGAAAUCCACCUGCCUCUACCUCUGAAGUACUGGGAUUAAAGGUGUGCACCACCGUGUCAGGACUUUGGAAACUCCUUUUGGAACUGAAGGAUGGCUGUUCUUCUGACUAGGUUGAUGCUACAAACUACAAAGAUUGACAAUAACUUCAUCGGAAGAUGUUUCCAAAGACACACUGUGAAGCCAGACCCGGCACAGCUGUCCCUAACUGCACCCACCCCAAAACUGUUGUACCUGAUUUCUGCAAAAGAUUUUAGUACUGCUGGGAACCUCCAGGGUGAGAAGAAACAGAAAAGAAGGGAUGCUUUUUCUAACAUGGGACGGAAGAUCAGUGAGCGUAUUAUCCGAGUCCUGGAUGAGAAAGGCAUGGACCUGGGGAUGAUGCACAGAGCGGAUGUGAUCAGACUCAUGGACAAGCAGAACUUGAGGUUGGUACAGAGGAACACCAGCUCAGAGCCACCCGAGUACCAGCUCAUGACCGGAGUGCAGAUCCACCAGGAGCGGCUAAAGCUCCGGGAACAGGAAAAGGCCGAGCCCCAAACUGGACCAACUGUGACGAAGGAGCUCAAUUUUUCAUCAAAUAUUGGACAGCAUGAUUUGGACACCAAGAGUAAACAGAUCCAGCAGUGGAUUGAGAAAAAAUACCACGUUAAAGUCACAAUAAAAAGGAGGAAAGAUGCAGAGGAGCCAGAGCAUGAGAUGGAGAAGAUAUUUAAUCAGAUUCUCCAGAGUAUGCCUGGAAUAGCAACCUUCUCAAGCAGGCCAAAAGCUGUUAGAGGAGGGACUGCCUCCAUGUGUGUUUUUCGUCAUUUGAGCAAGAAAGAAGAGAAAGCGUACAAAGAAUCCCAAGAGAGCCAGAGAAGAGACACUUUGAGCAAAGACGACAGAAACAGCAAUGAGUCGGAUGUUUUGUGUCAGUGAUUUUAAUAAAAAGAAGUGCAGGCUUCUCCAGAAGCUCUGAAGUCUUCCGGCCUAGCAGACAGUGAGUAAAGCAGCUGGCAGGACCAACUUGUCCUCUGGGCUGCUGCUGGACUCCAUGCUGUUGUUAGGCAAGUUGUCUGGCUCUUGUUUCCUCUUAGGAGGGACGUACCCACUGAGGCGCGAGGCCAAGCUGCGUCUCUCCCGAGGUGGUCUUACCUUUGGGAGUAAGGGAAACAGACAACUUCGUUCCCCAUCAGAAUUACCUGUUUCACAAUGGGUAUCCACUUCAACAUAUCAGCCUGAUGGGAGUCACACCCUCAACAGGCACAGACACACAGGAUGGUGGGGUGGGAGUGGAUGGACAGAUGCCAAGCAGGCCUUACAGCUGAGUGCUGACCCAAGCAGCUGCCACUUACUUUGAACUUCAUCCUCUUCUUGUCAGGGUCGUGUACGACACUGUGCCUCAUGAGACUUUGCUGCAGUGCAAGGGAAAGGAAGCUUGAUUUGGGCCUGGAGGGGUGGCUCCCAACCACCCAUACUUGUUCCAGUAAAAACUCUUGGUGUCAAAUGCAGUGUCACAGUGUGCAGUAAUAAACUACCAGCUGCCUUU